CUGAUUGGUUGGGCCUAAAGGCUAAAGCCAUGUGGUAGGGAAACUCCCACCUAGAAUCAUCUGUCUGAAUUUGAGCCAAUACCCAUCUAGGUCAUUUUUGGGGUUUCUUGUUCACGGAUUGAAUUCACUCUCCCGAUUACUGGGUUCAGUAAAUCCACGCAGUUUGAACGUUACCCAGAUCUUUAAAUCCAACAAAUUGGUGUGUUUUAUCAGCGCAUGUACAUCAUUGUUGAAUUUGGUUUUGCAGAGGAGUUGGUUGUUUUGAGAUGGGUGAUGCAGCAGAGAUGCAAUCUCCAAAAGAAGAGAUGGUGGCAUGUGUGAGGGCACUGGAAGAUGCUUUGCUUCCGUGCUUGCCUGCCCGAGAGCUCCAAGCGAUUGAUCGUUCUCCCCACCCUUCUCAUCAGAUUGAUGUGGAGAGACAUGCCAGAGACUUUAUGGACGCUGCCAAAAAGCUUCAGCUGCAUUUUCUUGGUCUGCAACGUGAUGACCAGCCAACAAAUGCUGAACAACUUAGAAAGGAGAUUGCUGUGAUGGAAGAGGAGUUGAAUAUAAAGACUGAGAUCAUCAAGAAGCAUGAAAGGCUAAUCCAGGGGUGGAAAAAGGAGCUAAAAGACCAAUUGAACAAGCAAAAUAAUGAGCUUGAGAAGGUGUAGUUACUUGAGGAAGAUGUAGUUUCUAAGUUGUCAUCCCAUCUAAGGUGGAAACACAAUACAAUACUGGUAAUUCUAUCUGCUAAAUGUAAACUGAUUGAGAGAGGCGGAGCUAGAACCGAUGACUUUGACUUCAAAGCAGCCGAAUCUGAAGUGUGUCUUGAUUUUCCUGCUGUUGGUUAUCACUUUUCUAGGGUUCUUCGCUUCUUUUGUAUAAAACUAAUAGUUUUUAGGUUUUCAUUUUGUUUUUGAGAAUGGAGUACCUAUUUCAAAUUAUUGUAUUGGGAUGAGAGAUACAUAGGAGAAAAACUGAAUUUAUGGGGAUUUUGAUUGCACCUUCGAGCUUGUUGAUCAUUGAUGUAUGAAGUACAUAAUUGGUUUUGUAUGCUCUUCUUAUUAAGGGCAGUAUGAACCUCUCGAGUCCAAAAAAUUUCAAGGAAGAAUUUAAGAAUUUGGCCAUCGA